AUGGGAAUGAUUAACUUGAAUUCUCUUGAGGUGCUUAACCUCUCUGGAUGCUCAGAGCUCGAAGAUAUUGAGGGUAUCCCAAGAAAUGUGAAAGAGUUAUAUCUUGUUGGCACCGCUAUACACGAAGUGCCAUCGUCAAUCAAUCAUCUCUCAGAGCUUGUAAUAUUAGAUUUGCAGGAUUGCAAAAGCCUUCGCCAUCUUCCUCUUGAGAUUAGUAACUUAAAAUCUCUUGUCAGGCUUAAGUUAUCAGAUUCAUCUGGGAGGAUGUCCACAUUAGAAACUGCCAUGAGUGAUCUGAAUCAUCUUCGCUUGACUUUUAACAAGAAUGCAAAUCAGCAUCGAGAAUAUUUGCCUCUGCCAAGGCUUGCAUCUUCAAGAUUAUAUGGCUUGAUCCCAAGAUUUUAUGCUCUUGUAUCUUUGUCCCUCUGCAAUGCAUCCCUGAUGCAUAUCCCUGAAGAGAUUUGUUCCUUGCCUUCACUAACGGUGUUGGAUCUUAGUCUGAAUGGUUUCAGAACAAUCCCUGAAAGCAUAAAGCCAUCAGUUUCAUGGGCGUCUGAGCAGUUUCCAAGUCAUUACACCUUUAACAACUGCUUCAAUAAGUCUCCAGAAGUGGCUAGAGAACGAGUGGUAAGAAGUUUGGCUAAAGUAGCAAGCAUUGGCAAAGAACAUGAGCAGGAACUCGUCAAAGUACUUGCAUUCAGCAUUUGCGCGCCUUCGGGAGUAGGCCAGACACCCUCUUACAAUUUGCAGACAGGUUCAUUUGCAACGAUAGAGCUAACUUCUUCCCUACGGAAGACACUCUUGGGCUUUGCCAUCUUCGUUGUAGUUACCUUUUUGGAUGAUAGUCACAAGAAUGCUGGUCUUGGCGUUAGGUGCAUAAGCACAUGGAAGACUAAGAAAAAGGUCACUAGUAGAGUAGAGAAAGUUUUCAGGUGUUGGGCUCCGAGAGAAGCUCCUGAGGUUCAAAGAGAUCACAUGUUUGUGUUUUAUGAGGAUGCUAAAAUGCAUCAACGUGGUGAUGAAGACAACGGUACUAAUCUGUUGGCUGAUCACGUUAAAUUUGAAUUCCAAGCAGUUAGUGGAAGAAACAAGGUUUUGGGAGGUAACUGCAUGGUGACAGAAUGUGAUGUUUGUGUUAUAAAGUCUGCAAGUGGUGUGGCGAGUUUGAGUGUAAUAAGUGCAAGUAAGGAUCAUAAGAAUCAUUCUCCGAAGCUUUCAAGUGUGCUUGGUAAGCUUAGGUUUAGGCCCACUGGGAGGUUUGUUGGUUGUGUUUGCCCCUAA